GGUGAGAUGGACAUUUUAGCAGAACACGUGAUCCAUGGAACUCAGGUACGGCAUCAACGCCAGCGGUGUUGUCCUCAUCGUGAGUAUCAAUGAACUCUAACUCUCGAGCGUCUUACGGCCACAACAAGUUGCUGCAACCACUCUUCUCGGUUUGUAGCCGCGGCGAGCCGGUUGGUUUAUCGUUAUGAUUUUUAGGGUGCUGCUCAUUGUUCUUUCCAUGUGAAGAGAUGCAGUAUCUGUCGAAGGUGAUAUCGUCGAUCAGCCAGGAUGGAAUCUUGUGCUCGACAGGUAGGGGCAACGCUGGCGCGAGCACGGCCGCCUUCGGGUCCCUCCUGACCAGCCGUCGUGCUCCUGGGUAGGGGUUAACGCAUCGGUGCAUCACAAUUUCAUGUUCUGUUAUGUUUUUUCUCUGAUCUACGCUUCCAGCUGCUGCAUUUCGUGAUUGGAGUCAUUUACAAUGGGGUUUCGUUUAUUGCCGACUAUUGCAGCCGUUGCGCUUCUCGUCCAAAGCGCCAGCGCAGGGCCAAAGGACAAGAAGUUGUCAGUUGGUGUGCCGCCACCGCCACCGCCACCUCCUGCAAAAGAGCUGUUGCCCCUGCAUACACAGACGGAAUGUUUUCAGGUGCCUUACAGUGUCGAGAGGGCAUGCUUGAAGAAGGAGUCCAUCUCCAGGCCUUACAACUGCCCACAGCCAGCCAUGGAGGAGGUUUGCAAACCCGUUCAGGUCAUGGUUGAUGAUGUGUGCCAUCGCCUCGUGAAGCAGGAGGUUUCCUACGAUUGUCCGAAGGCUACAACUCAAACGCUGUGCUCGCAGAUCCCACUGACAGUAGCACAAAUGUGCCGCCAAAAGAUAAAAGAGAAGGUCCCUAGCACAUGCUCUAAGGAAAUCGCCGUCCCGCGAUGUGAGAUCGACUCCAAGCUCGUUCCUGAUACUUGCUACGACACACAGCCGUAUGUCCAAGAAUACGAAUGCUGGAGCAGCGAGACUGCUACUGUCUGUGAUGUAGAAAUGAAGAAUAUCAAUUCAGUGUGCACCCGCGAGGUCGAGGUUCCGGUCGCGUACGAUUAUGAGGACACCCUGCAGGAGAAGGUGUGUUCAGUGAAGUUGCACACCAAGAAGGGGCAGUGUCGCAAGUCGAUUUUGUCCGAGGAGCAGUACCCGUGUCCCGUGUCAAAGUGGGAACAAAAAUGCGUUGAAACGUUCAAGAUGAUUGACGUUCCAUGUGAAAAGGACAUUCUGGUAGAAGAAACGUAUGACUGUAGCGAAAUGAAGCCUCACCGGGUGGUCAAAACAUGCGCCAAGCGAGUUCCGGGGAAGGCGAAGAUCGAACGGUGCCCCACACCUAGCAAAAAGCUCCGCAGACUGGGUCCGAGCAAGAAAGGAGGCUGCUACCUUGUUGAAGUAGAUACUGAAGAGAUCCAACAGCUUCCUUGCGAGGAAGAAGUUAUGGCAAUGGUGCCGAAGGUGUGCACCAGGAAAGUGGCAAAGAAGGCUCCGCAGAUUUGCCACCAGAAGGUACCUGAUAGCCAGUGCGUCAUGGAGGAAUUAGUGGUUCCCCAGAUGUGCUCUCGACCAGUCACUAAGGACGUCGAGGUGCCUUGCGAAUCUCAGGUCGCGCAAGAGGUGUGUGAGACUGUUCCUAAAAAAAUCAAGAAGCAGGGAUACAACUUUGAAAAGAAGGUGGAGAGCUUUGAGUGCGUGAAGCACGACUUCACAGAAAACUGCUACGAAGUGAAAAAACCCAAGAAAUCUGUCUGUGCAACCACCCUUCUCAAGAGCGUCUCGUUCGAAUGCCCGAGACGGGAAUUUCAGGAAGUCUGCAGUGACUUCCCAGAAAUUAUUGCCGAGCCAUGCCUGAAGGAGGUAGAGAAGGAGGUAGACUUCCCAUGCCCAGAGCAAACAACCGAAGAGAAGUGCCUUCACAUCCCCUCUUACGAAAUGGCCAAGUGCUCAGCCGUUGUUGAACGGGACGAAGAGUACCCUUGCUCCCGGAAGGAUCUGGUGAUCAAAUGUGAGACAAUCAACGUCGACCGGGUUGGAACCUGCUUCAAAACUGAAGUAACUGAAGUCCCCUACACGUGCUACGAGACCGCGUACAAAAACGUGUGUGCUGAUAUUCCUGUGACCCAUAUCCCGCCGCCUCCUCCCCCUGCUAAAAAACUGUAAAGGUGGUAAGUCUAACGGCUCUCCAUGAUAAAAGCAGGUGAUCUCGCAAGAAACCAUACUGUCGUGCUGACGACUUUGGCAGUCGAAAACAGGUGUUAUUCAUGUUCUGAGCCGUUUUUUGUGCACUUGCUGAGUCAUACAAUGGUUUUUGCGUCACGUCCGUUUAUAUGUCACUGUCCCUUUUGUCUCACCUGUCCAAUGACGUUUUCGGAUCGCAGUAUAGAACGGAACAUGAUUACAUUCAAGUUAGUAAUUUUAGU